AUGUUGUCAGGUGAUACAGGAUCAUUAUCAACACUUGCAUCAUCAUCUAGUGCAAUCCAAACUUCACCGUCUCGUCGUAUCAUUGAUCAUUUGACUUUGAAUACGGAUUUUAGUGGCAUGAAGUCAAGUAUUAGUAAAUCUUCUAGUUUAUCAAUUCCCACUACAAAAAGUUCAACAUCUUCACUAAAUUCUACUGGUACUGCUCACUCAUCAAUUAUAACUCCUUCACAUUCGCCAAGAAAACUUGAAUCAAUUCAAAAUAUGUCUACAUUUACAGACAAUUCAAAAGAUGCAUUUAGUGGUGUCAAGGAACGUCUAAUUGCCAAAAUUGAUCCUGUCGAAAUGACUAUAAAACCUACUAUUAUUACUGUACCACAAGAUACUGUAAAACGAUCAGCUAUGCUUCUUGCUGGAUCCAAAUUUCGAUUAAAUAUCAAGAAAAUACCCGAGAACAAGUUAAAACUAAAUAGUGUUACUCUUUAUUCAAUUUCGGUGACCGGUGCUUCGAUGAGCUUUCACAGUUAUGAUGCUGAUCGUAACGAUGAUUUUGCUCGUUAUCCGUGUGAUGUUCGACUUGAUGGAUAUCGUCUUAUUGUUCAACUUGCCAGUAAACAAUGGAGCGAAGAAAAGAAAUCCGAUAAAGAAGUUAAGUUUAUUGGAUGUCGAGAAUAUUUAAUCAAAGAAGCUCGAAUGAUGCUCGUACCAGAAGCGACUUUAACACGUAGUAAAUAUUGGAUGAAUGAUUAUCCUAUUGUCAUACAAGAUUUACAAAUUCUUGAUAAACAAAUCUAUAGCAAACAACAAUUAGAAAAAUCUAAACUUGAUACAAAUGAUUUUUUUAAAAAUAAUGCAACGACUCUAUCAAUUUGGUUCGAAACUGGUCCACAAAAAGAAGAAUGGUUUCAUAAACUUUCUUUAGUUUUACGUAAAGGAAAAGAAGAAAUCGAACGAGUCAAAUAUCUUCUCGCAGCCAGCAUUGGAUCACUAUCAUCUUCAAUUUCGAAUACAUAUCUAAACCGGCGUCAAGCUCAAACAGAUGCUGACACUGUACUUGUUUCAAAUCCUGUUACUGAAGCUAAUAUUCGCGCUUCGGUUAUUGAAACACAGCUUAAUGCUGAAGAGUUACAACAAAGAGUGAAAAUUAAUAUUAUUAAUUGUUCUUUAUUUUGUGUUAAGGAGAAAGAACCAGAAAAUACUGAAAAAGAUGCAAGUGGAACACAUCGAACCAUUGCAAGAAAAUCAAAAAAAAUAACACCGAAUGAAGCUAGUUUACAAAAAGUUCUUCAAACACCUGAAUGUUUAGAUGAAGCAGCUAUAACAAUCAAUUUCAUGACUCGUCGACUUUUAUGUGAUAUGUUUCAUACUCCGGUUUUUAAAGAUUUAUUAAAAAAUAAAGUUGAAAUGAAAUUAAAAGAAAUUGCAGUAUCAAUUCUUGAAAAUCUUCGUGUUGUGUCCAUUGACUUAGGUAAAACGUUUCCAAUUAUAUUAAAAAUUGAGCCAAUGCAAUGGAAUACACAAGGUAUUUGGUUCAAUUUAUUCCUCUAUUAUCGUGGUAAUUUCAAAUUAUCUAUAAAAAGUCGUGUUAUACUACAAAAAUUGAUUAAUUAUGAUUCAAAAAAUGAUAAACCAAUAUUUGCACAACAUCAAACAUCACAAAUUGUUCAUCAAGAUAAUGAACAUAUUAAUGAAGACGAUUUAAUUCAAAGACAAAAACUUUUAGCUAAAGAACCUGAAGUUCCAGAAAUGGCCGUAACACGAAAACUUGGUACUAUUUUAACUAACUUAGCGUUGAAUAAAUAUUUUCAAAUGUUUGUUAAUUUACCAUUUGUAAAAACAUUAUUCGAGAAAUUUUCUCAGCAAGACGUUGGAAUUGAUGUUGAACUGACGAGUUUUAGUGGUGUUCUUACACUUAACAUUCCUCCACCACCAAGUGAUCGAAUCUGGGUGGGUUUUCCAGAAAUGCCUGAUCUUAAUAUCAAAGUAACGCCAACAUACGGUGAAAAAAAAUAUUCUUAUAUAUUAUUGCAAGACUUUCUCGCAGCUAAAGCUCGAGCUGAGUUAAAACGUCUUGUUGUUCUUCCAGCUAUGGAUGAUCAACUUUUACCAUUCUUUCGAGAUUGGGUUAUCGAUAUUAUCGGUAAUAUUGUAGCUAAACCUGUCAAUCCACUCACUGAUAAUUAUAAAGCAAAAUUAAACGUCCAAACUGCCGUUCGUGAAGGAUUGCAAGAAUACAAAAAUGCCAAAAAUGUUAAAAGACAAUCACCAGUAUUAUCCACCGGUUCAGAGACAACACGUACUCAAACGUGA